GACGAGCGCAGCGUUUCUGCGCGCGUGUCGAUAGUGGCCUGGCCUGGCCGGAGCAACCUUUUGUGGGAAGAUCCGCCAGGCUUUGAUCGCCUCACCACAUCACCAGUUAGUUUCGCAAUGAAAGACUCCCGGGAGAUCUUUGCCCGGAUGGCCAGAUGCCUGGCAGCCAUCGAGCAGGCACGCCACGCCCCAGCACCUCAGCACCACCAAUGAGCGAUUUCAUUCAUCGACUGUCUGUCACAGAUAUCUGAGUUAUUAUGUGAUAUGUGAUAUGUUAUGUGUGUGAUGCAGGUGUCGUUGGAGCGGCUGUCUGCGUUCCUUUCCUACUGCCCGAGUGUCCCCCCCGAGUCGCCGCCACAGCCGCCCGCAUGUCUGCAGCUGACGCAGGAGAGCCACGCUGCCCUCCUGGCCCUCGGCGACCUGCUCUCACACACACGGGAUGACGCAGUCGUCGACAGGUGGCUGGGGCUGGCAAUCAGUCAACACACAACACGGGACAGGACGACAGGGAGGGCACGGGAGAGAGAGAGAGAGAGAGAGGAAGACGAUAUGUGGCUGGAUGGCUGGAUGGCUGUCUGACUCACUGGUGUCCUUGCCUUGCUUCCUCUCUCCCCUCAGGUGUCUGCCGCGCUACCUGUACUAUUUUCAGAGCCUGCCAGUGAUGCGCCCUCCUCCCGCCCCCCUCCCCACCGGCAGCAAUGCAGGCCCCGACACCAACGCCACUGAUGCCGAUGCGCUGACUGAGGAGCUGGGCUACCUGCUCACCUGUGCGCUGGCCAGCGUGUGGCGCAAGUGCUGGACCAAACGGUCGGCCAUACAGAAGUGCGUCGAUCAGAGUGUGGUGGGGUGGCUGGACCGGUCUGCCGGCGGGGAGGGGGAGGUGCCGGCGCAUCUGUGGGGGUGCCUGAAGGCCAUGGCCUGCCCCUUCUUCCCCGUCACCAAGCCCAUCCUGGAGACCCUUAUCAGGCGGAUUGGGCAGCUGGGGUAGGGUAGGCAGAUCAGAUGUAUGUGCGAGCCUAGCCUUCUUGGUUGGUUAUCCUCUGGUGCAACAUACAUAUGUGUGUUUGUGUGUCUGUGUCUGUGUCUGUGUCAGUGGAGGUGAUGCGCAAUCGAGGCGGCUGCUGGGCGCUUACUUUUCCGUAGUGUUGUCGCCUCUGCGGAUGGCGCACAGGGGCAGGGACGAGGCGGACCAGCAUGUGUACAGUGACGAUGCGCCACUGCAGGUAUGUAUGGAGACAGACGAAUGAGUCAGGGAGGCGGGACGGAUGGAUGGACGGAUGGAUGUAUCACUCCUCAGGUCACUUUGGCGAGUGGCGAUCGGUACACUCUCACGCCAAGCGACCGGCAGGCGCUCUUGGACAAGGUAAGCUGCGGUGCAGCCACAGACACAGACACACAGAGAAACAGGGCACGCACAGAGGGUCUGCACCCCAGCCAUGCAUGUUUCAUGUGCGUGUCGCCCUUAUCUUUCUUUCCACCCAGGCCGACAAUGAGGUGCAGGCAUUCCUCCCCGUGUUAGAGGGGCUCUCCCGGCCUGUGUCUGUGUGUGGGGGUGAGGCCGCCCAGUCGUCCACCUCACCGGCAUCGCUCAUCCAGCGGAGCCAGUCGGCCGUCGACGCCGCAUUCGCUAUGGCGGCAUGCGCCACACUCAUGGACGACACACAAGGGUGGGGUGGGCAUGGCAUACAGAAAACAGCUUUACAGCCUCACCUUUCCUGUCCUCUACCCGUUGUGUGCGAUGGAUGUGGUUUGGUGUGUGCAGGGUCGGUUUUGGGCGAGCAGAGCGGAGUGCAGUGACGCUCUGCCGCCGUGCGCUCGAUUGUGCCGAGAACUGCCCGAUCCUGGUGGAACAUACAGACAGCCCCGGUGAGCCGAGCUGAACUGAACUGCGACGCAAUGCAACGAGCACACGUGAUUGAUGUGCUGUCGACGUACACGUGUGUGUAGAUGGUGACGAUGGUGGUGGUCCUGAUGAUGUGGCGGCGGCUGGAGAGGGGAGAGGCGACGGUGUGGUGGUGCUUCCGUGGGUGGUGCAGGAGUGCCUGCUGACCGUCGUGACGGCUGGAUGUUGCGCCCUCGCCUGGCUCGCAAAGGCGCAACACGCGCGGGCGACAACACCCAUUGAACGACUUUUCGGUAGGCAUGGCAUGGCUAUCUAUGGCCCACCGAAGUACACGCACAGAGGGUGCUGGCUGUGCUUUGCUGUGUUCAGAGCUGUUGCUAAGGCAGGAUCCCUUCCGCCAUCUCGCCGUAUGUCCACCCCGACAACUCGCCGUAGGUGGCCACCUGGUGCUGCCCCUGAGCCACCUGAAGGCCUCCCUCCGGCUCAACAUCGGCAGCACGCUCGAGUCACCACCCACUUUAUCACCACAACCACAACCACAGGCGCCACCACCAUCACCAGCACCAGCCCCAGCACCGGCAAGGCCAGCCGGACCCUCCCAAUCCUCUGAACCCUCUCAGGCAUCUCACGUCUGCCCGUGGGACGAGCUGCAUUGGCUGCUGGACGAAGGCGACCCCCAACAACAGCAGCAGCCACACACCGACACAGGCAGGAGCAGCAGCAGCAGCAGCAGCAGCAAGGCGCGUCUCUCAGAGUGCGAGUGUUUCACACGCAUGGUGUGGUGCCUGGCCACUGCGUGCCUGCCACUCGGCUGUGCCAAAGGCGAGGCCCCCCUCACCACCACCACCUUCAGCCCCCCCGUGUUGCGGCCGGCGGCAGAGGUGCGUGUGACGGUGGAGAGGGAGGACGGCCGGGGGGAGGUGGCCGUAGACAUCGACAUGGAGGCCGUCAGGAGGGCCACCAUGGACGAGCAAGACGGAGAUGGCGAUGGCACCGGUGGCCCUACCGAAGAAGGUGGCCCGGUGUCGGUAUUGCUGAGUCGGCUGAUGGAGCACAUCGACCACACCCGCACCAGUGAAGACAAGAGCGCCGCACUCACCAGCAGCAAUCACGACGGCCGGGGUGGUGCGGGGUCCUUGGGCCUUGUUGGUGGAGCGAGGUCUGUGUCGUUUGGGAGCGGGGCGGCUGCAGAGGGGAGGAGGGGCGUCCAGCCAUCCGCUGCUCAGAGAGAUGCAUGGGAAAGGACACAAGGCACCAGAAAGGCACUCAAGGCAAGAAUGACUGACUAACACACACACAGAGACAGACACCCAGAGGAAGGAACAACCGCAACCAGCCAACACAACGGCAUCCACCGCUCUCGCUCUCUGUGUGUGUGUGUCUUCUCCAGAUAGUGUCCGGUUUGGUGUCAUUGCUGGACACCCCCCAGCUGACGUCCCCCGCUUUGUCGAGCCUGACGCAGCAGUUCCUGACCCUGCUGGCCGACGCAGCGGCCUCCAUGCCCCUCCACACCCACCGCACACUCAUUCCACCACACCCAUACCAGGGACACUCGGACUACACCGUGGCCACCACCAAGACACUCAGCGGCAUCAGCGGCCGAUCGGGAUCAGGGGCGGACAGACCACCGCCACCACAGGGCGAGAGAGCGCGGCAUGAGGGCAUUUUGGUGAUGCAUUUGGAGGCCUAUAUUGUGGCCCUAUGCGAUAUUGCCGUCCAUGUGGUAGGCGCGAAACCGCGAGAGAUCCACAGAGCCGCCCAACAAGGCGGACGUCCUUGCACUUCACUUGUGUGUGUGGUUGUUGGUUUGGAUGCAGAGCGGCAGCCGCUUCACUGCCUCGAUAUUAGAUCUGUUUCUGCGGCUGUUCAGCCAGUCCACUGUGCACUUCGAGGACGUCCGCCCCUCUCUCCUCCCCUCUCCCUCCGUCUCGCCCGCACCCACACCGUCACACAAACAACAACAAGACGCCACACGACCACAGCAGCACCACCAGCAGCAGCAGCCUACACCACCCCCCGCACCACUGGCACCCGGCGGCGAGAGCAGCCUGAAGGGUGGUGAGCGGCCUCUGCAGCAGCAGGGGCCUCUGGCGUCGGCUCGUCUGCUGCCGGUGCUGGUGCGGGGACUGGGCAGGAUGGGCAAGGAACUCAGCCACCCACUCAAGAGGGAGAAGUACAUGAGGUCGGCGGAGGGGGCGGGGGAGGGGCGGGAGGGUGGAGAAGAGAAGAAUGAGGAGGAGCGCAUAGCUUUGUGUGCUGUGCUGUGCCGUGCAGUGUGGUGUGGUGUGUGGUGUUGUCUGUCUGUCAGGACGUUGGGUUUGUUGGUGUUUGCGCAGUGCCGGACGCACCGCAUCCCGCCACUGCUCGCCGUCAUGUGCGACCAAACCGAUGGCAUACCGGUAGGGAGGGAGGGACUUUGACUGACUGACACGGACGAACAUGGGGACGGACGUGCUUACGUCAAUGUCUUGUCUUCACGUGUGAGCGUGUGUGUGUGUGGAUGUGUCAGUCUCGUGUGCGUGUGGUUGGUGUCAAGUCGGCCCGCGACAUCAUCUUGCAGCCGCCGGGGUGCCUGUGGAUGACGGCCACGCCCUACCACACCGACGCCAAUGUCGUCAACUUCUUCACUAUGGUAAUUAAUUAGUGUUCAAAGACAGACAGCGAGGGGAGAGAAGACCACACCGAAGGGGAGGGAGGGAAUCGCAGCACGCUGACAAAGCUUCACGUUAUGUGCGGCUGGCUGGCUGGCUUGUGUAGAUCUGGAUGUCAGUCGUGCUGACCAAGAGCAGAGAGACCAGAAUGUACGCGACCCUCCGACUCCCCCUCCCCUCCCCCCCACGCCACCCCACCAGGCAGCUGUAUAUAUCCUUCCUUUGUGUGUGCCGUGUGUGGCUUGGGUGCACUGCAGCGGUCCGUCCGAGAGGCUAUCGUCUAUGCUAGAGCGGCUGGCGCGCCUCUCGCCCGUCCUGGUCCACCUCACCACAGAGGACAGAACCACCACCUCCUCCGGAGGACCACCCACCGGCACACCGCUACAGCCGCCCCAGGCACUCGACCCCAUUGCCCAGAUCGACCAGCUGGCGCCACCCGAAUUCCACCCCACCGCUGCCGAACACGUGGGCCAGCGCCAUGUUUGUGUAGGGGAGUAAUCUCUCUCCCUCUGUGUGUGUGUGUGCGUGUGUGUGUGUGUGUGUAGGGCUAUUAUCACCACCACUCGUUGAGCGUGUGGCUGCGGCAGACUGUGUGUGAGGCGGUGCCGUCCCUGGCCCCCCUGGCCACACAGCUGCCGCCGUCGCGGCUGCUCUACUGCCUCGCACUGGUGCAUCUCGAGACCUAUCGAGCCAAAGUGGGCACACCACACCACACCACACCGCACACGAGUGUGUUGGGUGUGUGUGUGUCUGUGUGUGUGUGUAGCAUCGGAACAUCUGCAGCUUGGUUGCGUACCUGCACAGCGAGGGGCUGCACAGAAAUGCCGAAAUGUCCGAGGCCAUCGGUACGUGUCCAGUCCGCACACACAGACAAGACAUGAACGCACCACGCGCCGCGCACCAUACGACUCGUCACUCACUGUCUCUCUCUCUCCCUCUCUCUCUCUCUCUCUGUGUGGCGAAUGUGUUCGCCUGCCUAUUCCCCCGCCCACGGUACACUGAUAUAGAUCGUGUGAUAGACCACGUGGUUGACGAGUCCAUCCAGCGGCUGCAUGACGAACGACGCACAUUCGCCAGAACGGCCCACCUGGGGCAGGUGCUGACCCACCUGAUCGUGUCCUGUGUGCACCGCUGCGGCCGUGUGCGUUCCAAGGCCAUGUCAAUCCUGGAGCGGAUGGCGGCGGCCUUCCCCGAGCUCAUCUGGCACAGCAGCGUCAUCAACACCACCAUAGAGCUCCUCAACCACCUGGGCGAGCUCCUCAAGUCAGCCUACGACUGCAGGGUCGAGUCCUUCACCCUCACGCACCUCGACAGCUUCACCAUCAUGAUACCCGAGGAGAGGGAGGUCUCGCGCGAGUCGUUCAUCUUUCUGGCGCAGACUGCCGACAGAUGGCUGAGGCGGGCCUUCUCGCUCAACUCCUAUGAGACCAGGGGCGCCGUGGCGAGGUACAUCAUGCUCAGGGACCGGCAGCACGCCCAGGGGGUGCUGCGGGCGGGAGAGGUCAGGGGAAGCAGGCGCAGUGCUGGUGGUGGUGGUGGGAGUGGCGGUGUUGGCAGGGGUGGAGGUCGUGAGAGGGACAAGGCCGUGACGCAGCAGGAGGGGCUUGCUCUGGCGCUCGACAUCUGCUCACAGAGGACGUAUGCGCCCGAGCCGGCUGUGCUCUUCGGACCAAAGCGAGGCGACUACCAUGUGGGCUGUGCUGUGCAGCGGACACAGAGAGAGGGGGGGGUGGGUGGAUGGAUGUGUCUGUCUGUCUGUCUGUCUGCUGCAGGUAGAUCCUGAGCAUCUGUCGGCGUAUUCUCGUUCUGCGCGUCUGGUGUCGUCAAUCGAGACGCAGACCCGGUUCCUGGGCCAGGUCUCCACACUGGUGGAGCAGACGGGACUCACCGACGCCGCACACUCACUCGCCAGAGACCUACUCACACUCACCGUAACCAACCACACACACACACACACACACAUACACACACACACAUACACAGCUGUUGUGUUGUAUUGUCCUGUGUGAUUGAAUCUGCCAACGAACGAGUGCAGCGGCAGCAUCCCCCCGCGCAUGCGUCGCCCUUCCUCCCGCCAGCAGCGGCGUCAUCCCCACCGCUCCCACGCACAUCCAUCUUCUUCCCACACACCUCGCUCUCUCACUCACACACCCAGCAGACAACAGCUGACCAUGACCAAGGACCUGCAGAGGUGCAGCAGCAGCAGCAGCAGCAACAGCAUCGUGGAGGUGUGGGUGUGGGUGGGAGCAGCCUGAUGCAGGGAGGGAGGGGUCGUGAGGUGGGUUGGAGCGACAUGUACUUUGGCGCUAUGGGAAGGGCCAGCGCUGCGCUCAUUCUGGCCAGCGAGGCAGGGGCGCAGCAGUAAGUGCUGCUGCUGGGGAGGGAGGGACCAUGGUGUGCAGUUUCUGGCUGUGUGUGGUGUGUGUGGGUCUGCUGCAUUGGUUGCAGCGUUCGUAUGGAGCGAGAGUUGAUGGAGCUGGUGGUCCACGGGCCCACCACGUACGUCAGUCAGCACAGCCCCUCCCCUACGCACCGCAGCACUGAACCACCAAACACACAGACGCACACUCACUCAUGCGUAUGUGUAUAUGUGUGUGUGUGUGUGUGUGUGGCUGUGUCUGUCGUUGUGGCUGCCUCUGUGUAGGCUGAUGACCCGGAGUGCCCUGCAGGCGGCCAUCUUCUGCUGGGAGUGGCUCUCUUGCCACUCAUACGGGUACCCUACCCACACCACACUGACCGCACCCUGACUGACGUGCGCCAGCACCACCAACCAGACUGCUCCUUCCUGUCUGUCUGUCUGUCUGUUGCCUGUUCUCCAGGUUGCGUCGUUUAUUGCUGAGUGAGAUGGUGUACGCCUGGGCCCGCACGGUCUCGUCCGAGAGGGGUCUGUUCAGCGUGGAGCCGCGGCCCACGGGCAUCGCCUCACACGACAUCAUGCAGCGACUCAUGGAGGCUGAGGUGAGGGAGGCAAUCAAUGCCAUCCACACACACACACACACAGAGAGAGAGAUGUGGUUGUGUGCUGUGUGCGCUGUGUGUGGUGUGGUAUGGGUAUCAGGAGGAGCCCGUGUUGGGCAUCGACGAGGACCUAGACGACGAAGGGGUCGACAUGUCGACCGCCGUCACCUUCAUCACAGACAGGAAACGCUCCAGGCCCCUCUCACCACCGACACACAUGCCCAUGACCACCUACCAAGACCAUCACCCACCACCACCACCACCACCAGUGUCAGCGGAAAUUGUCCACGCCGCGGCCGACCAGCUGACUGCAGACGAGCAGCACCAGCACCAGCGUCAUGUGGGUGUGCGCGAGAUGGAGAUGGACCUCUCUGCUCGGCGGCGUCUGUCGGAGCUGCGUGCGGAGCUCAUGACGCGUGCCCACGUGGGGAGCGGGGGGACGCCCGAGAAGGCCGCCGCACAGGAGGGCAUCAAGCUGGUGCAGCAGGAGGAAAUCAACGCACACGAGGUAGGGUAGAUAAAGGCCAAAUAAGCAGACAGACGCCACGAAGGAAGGGUCUGUGUGUAUGGUACGGGCGGCUGCGUGUGUGUGUGUGUGUUUGCCGACAUAUAACUUGGCUGGUAUUUAUUGCCAAAUCAAUAAAUAGCUGUGGAUAGGGUUCCUAUCGCAGCGGCUGGUGAUAGCUCGUCUGGUGGACAUAGACGAGGUCUCUCUGCUGGCGCAGUUCCCCAUUCUGGCCCUCAGCGCCCCCCACCUCUCCGCACUCUCAUCCGCAAUGAGCCCGAAGUACAGACUGCUCAACAUGACCUUCGAACUGCUACAGGUACACACACACACAGACACACAUGCCCCCAUUUAUGUGUGUGCAGCUUCACCUGUCAGCCCCGCCCGCAACGUCGUUCCGCGGCACACGCAAGGAGGACGGCAGCCGAGACCAUCACCGCCACCACCACCAGCACCACCAGCAUCGCAAGCAACAACACCAGCGCCACGGCAAGGCGGCCGCGGCUUCAACGACAGGAGCCUUCCCUGCUGCUGCUGCUGCUGCAGGUGGUGGUGGUGGUCAGCCGUCGGGUCAUCCCUUUCUGUCAGAUGGGACUUUGGCGUGUGUGCACGAGAUGGCAUUCGAGGCGCUCGUCUGGCACUUCAGCGCACCCAUCUGCUGGCACGCCCGGCCCAACCUUCUGGAGGCUCAUGUGCUCACACAGGUGAGUCUGUCUGUCUAAGUGUCUGUCUGUCCACCCACCCACCCGUCCACCACUGCUUCUGUGUGUCUGUGCUUUCUCGUCAGCUGCUGCUCCGUUCGCUAGAGCUGCUCCGUCGCGACGCACACGUGGCCCUGUUGCUCCCGUCCCUCCAGCAGCCCCUCCCCCUCCCCACCCCCCUCCCAGCGCCCAUGCGUCGUCUGCCGUCGGUCCUCCAGCGCACCGACACCACCUGUGUGUGGGGGACAGGUGGGCAGAGCGGCUGGCUCGACGGGGCCAGCCUGUCGGUGCGGCUGCAGCGGCUAGGCACCAAGGGCGGUGGAGGAGGGGGUGGCGGUGGCGGAGGAGGCAAGUUCAGCACGCUAAGUGGGGCACUGCUCGAUGGCAGCCGACUGCUGCAGCUACGGUGCGGACACACUUACACACACACACACAGACAAACAGACAGACAGACAGGUGGGUAUGGCGGAAAUUCCUCUCUCUCUCUCUCUCUCUGUCUGUCUACAGCCGUGAGUUGUUAGAGCUGCUGGUGAUCGACGAGCUGGAGCGUUUAGCCGUCUGGAACUCCCCAUCGGGGGACAGGCUGCCCAUCCUGCAGGCCACGCAGAAGGAGGAGAGAGAGCAGAAGGGCCCACUCGCCGUCGCACGCAAGCAGAGCGGCAGGUGGACCGCCCGACUGAGGAAAUACGGCAUCCUCCCGAAGCAGAAGCAGCUGCAGCAGCGGCAAUUGUCGAAUGACAACAACAGCUUCAGCCGUGGUGGGCGAAAGGCCGUCAACGACCGGAUGAUGAGGGGCGGGAGCCCCCUGCUGCUGCUGUCUGAGCGGGCCGCGAGCAUGUCGGAGAGCCGGUGGGGCGAGCUGGCGCAGAUCGCAUGGCUCUGCUCCCCGGCACUCGCCGCGCAGCUCACCAAGAGAUUCGCCGCCAAGCGCACCAUCAGGCAGGCGCCUCCCUUCCCCUCCCUCCCAAAUGUGUGUGUUGUGUAUCUGUGUGUGGUGGGGUGGUGUGGUGUGCAGGGAGGAGGUGCAGCGUCUGAUGCUGCGAGCGCCUUUCGGGUUUCUGGACCAGCCGGAGGCGGUGCGUUUGGUUGUGACUGAGUCGACGGCGGUGGAGCAGGGCGACGAGGGAGCGCUGCUGCCGCUGCUGUACUUCACCGAGAUGCCGUUCGACGUCAUCUUCCACAUGCUGCACCGCUCGCUGAGGUCCAACCUCUUCGUCAGACACAUCGCCAUCAGAGCCAUGACCAAGUCAGUACCUGAGAGACAGAGAGAGGGGGGGGAAAGAGGGCAAGAGGGGAUGGAUGGAUGGAUGUGUGUGUCAGGUAUAGCCCUUCGGUGCUUCGUUUCUACCUGCCUCAGUUGGUGCAGGGGAUGCGUCACGACCCUUCCGGCGCUUUGGCGCGGGCCAUCCAGGACAUCUGCCGCAUCUCCCCGCUCUUCACACACUCACUCAUGUUCAACCUCACCUCAGAAGCAAAGGUACACACACACACACACACACAGACGGCCAGACGGCCAGACAGGCAAACGGCCGGCACUCUCUCUCUCUCUGCAUGUCGAUGUGCGUCUCAUUGUGUGUGUGUGUGUUGGGUGUGUGCAGGAGACGAGUGCCGACGAGCGCAAGGUGCCGUUGUCCGAGCCUGAUACCCUCCCUGCCACCUGCCAGCGGCUCAGGGUCAGCCCACGAGCCCACCAACACACACACAGAGACCCACCCCAAGCUACCCAAGCCUUGCAGCCAUGCAUGCCCGAACCACCACACUGUGUGUGAGUGUCUUGUGUGUGUUGUGUGUGUGUGUGUGUGUGUCAGUCGUCCAUCAUCGACGAGAUGAGCGCGUUGGAGCGUGACGUGUUUGAGCACCAGUUCGCCUUUUUCGACGCCGUCACGUCCAUCAGCGGACGACUCAAACGCAUACGCGCAGAGGAGCGCAAGGAGCACAUCCGCAAGGCGCUCGAGGACAUACCCGUAAGACGACAAGGGGAGGGAGGGAGGGAGGGAGGGGUGGGACAUCAAGAUGGAUGGAUGGCCAUGGGUGUGGUGUGGUGUGUGGUGUGUGGUUAGGUGUUGUAUGACCACAUAUAUCUCCCGGUGGACCCCCACAUGCGGGUCGUCGCCAUCGACCUCGACAGCGGCACGCCCAUGCAGUCGGCCGCCAAGGUAAGGUGCCCUCACACCACCACACCACACCACACCACACCACGGCACGGCACGGCACACCCUCUCCCAUGUGUGUUAACCUGUAGGUUCCGGUGCUGGUGACGUUCAUAACGGAGCCCUACAUCGGUAUCGACGCCCACGUGCAGCAGCUCCUCCUCUCCCACCCCUCACACGCCGCAUCGCCAAACCUGCACCAUGCCCAGACCCACCCCCUCCCCCUCCCCAUCCCCCAAGCCGCCACCCCGGCCACAGCUGUGGCGGUGGGCGCCUCCCCGCCAGCAGUGGGCGUCCGCAGGCCCACCAUGAUGAAAAGACCCAUCGGACAGGAGCAGCCACAACAACUCCCACAGCAGCCACAGAAGAGGGCUAGUGGUGCUGGGGAGGGGGGGCACACGCACAGGCGGCGUGAUGCUGGGAGGGCUGCUGCUGCUGCUGCUGGGAGGGAGGAGAGCGGAAGCGACUGGGCGGGGGGGCCCAAUACGUCUGUGUCGGCGGCAUCGUCCGUCGGCGGCAAGGGGGGCACUUCUUCACAGAGGCCCCCUGGAGGCGGUCCGAUCGACGACACCGCCUCCGAGGCUGCUGCCGCUGCGUCUGCUCCCGAGUCACACUACUACCCCUUCCUCCCCCCUCUGGCAUCCUCUUCCUCCCCGCGCCCACAGCAUCAGCAGCCCCCGUCGCCCCCCACCGCACCAUCACCCUCGCUCCCCCCAUCCCCAACACUCCCACCACUCGGCGGACAAUCAGGGUGGACAGCCACAGCCACAGCCGCGGCCACACACAGGGCGCCAGCGGGCGUCGGUGUGCGGCUGAUGCUGGGCGCCCCCGGUGAGCAUGAGAGUGACGAAGACCUGGGUGACGAGGACAACGAGGCCGACGACGAGCUCGAGGGGCAUGACCACCAUGACCAUGGUGCGGCGAGGGAUAGAGAGGGGGAGAGGGAGAGGGAGGGGCAUCCUGUGCAGGGGGCUGUUGGUGCUGGUGCUGGUGGUGGCGAUGAUGAGGAGGAGAUGUUCCGCGAGGAGAGGGUGUUCCUCGAGACGCUCAGCCGAUACGACAGAGGCAGGUACCAACCCAAUCACCUCAAUUGCCAUUCAUUGAGUGGACCAUUAUCGAACCUUGCCCGUGUAUGUGUUGGCUGAUGGCUGGCUGGCUGGACGGAUGUGUGGAUUGGUCAGUGUGACGGCGUUGCGUGCCUCUCCCCACUGGCGGCGUCGUGAGGGCGGCGGUCAGUUGUCGCCCUCGUCCCGCGGCAACAAGCGGCGCAAGACACUCAAGGAGAAGAUCACAUACGAGGGCGUCAAGCUGCAAAAGCUCAUGAAGGAGAAGGUACGCGCACACACACACACACACACACAGAAAGAAAGACAGACAGACAAACGGGCAGACAGGCAGGCCAUCUUCAUUUGGUGUGUGUCUGUGGAUGUGUGUGUGCUCAGCGUGACGCGUUGUCCCAGUAUUUGGAGCAGAAGGCGCAGCGGACUCUGAGCAUCAUGAAGAAGAAGGUCAUGAAGAUCAAGCGGAAACAGAAAAUCAAAGAGCUCGCCAGGAAAUACCACGUCCGGUGAGAACGCUACGCUCCUCCUUUUGUCGAUCUGGCCAUCUCUCUCUCUCUCUCUCUGUCUGUCUGUCUGUCUGUCUGCCAUUCGUCCAUCAGUACGAGUGACGUGACGGACAGCGAGGAUGCGGCAGAGGCGAACGUGGCGCCCGAGGCCAAGGCCCACGACCAGGUGUCAUGCAUCUUCAAAGUCAACGACGACGUCAGGCAGGACCUCCUCGCUCUACAAAUCAUGCAGGUAGGUCACCCUCCCUGGUCACACACUCACACCCUAGCUAGCCACACACACACCAGACACACACACAACAGCUACCUCUGAGCAGCUAGCCCAUCCGUGUGUCUGUCUGUCUGGUGUGUGUGUGUGUCACCCACCCUUUGCAGCUGUUCCACUGCAUCUUCCACGAGGUGGAUCUCAACCUGUGGAUGUACCCCUACCGGGUGCUGUCCAACCGCACCGGCCACGACGGCCGCAUCGGCGGCAUCAUCGAGUGCGUCCCCAACUGCAAGUCCAGACACCAGCUCGGCAAGCAGGCCGACACGCAGAACCUCCCUCUCGACCAGUACUUCGUCCGCACCUUCGGACCCACACACUCCGUGGCAUUCCAGCGCGCCAGGGCCAAGUUCGUGCGCUCCCUUGCCGCCUACAGCGUCAUCUGCUUCAUCCUGCAGGUAGGCAAUCUCGACAGACAGACACGCACGAUGUGACAGAUACCCCUGUGUGUGUGUGUGUGUGUGUAGAUCAAGGAUCGGCACAAUGGGAACCUGUUGGUGACGUCGGAGGGCCACAUCUUGCACAUCGACUUCGGCUAUCUGUUCGACUACUCGCCCGGCGGCGACAUUCGGUUCGAGAGUGCGGGGUUCAAGCUGACCAAGGAGAUGAUCGACAUUAUGGGCGGCAGCAUGACCAGCGAACCCUUCAAACUCUUCGCAGACCUCUGUGUGCAGGGGUAAGACAGGCAGACAGGCAGGCAGUCAGGCAGGCAGGCACCCAGCGAGGGAACGAGCCACACACAGGCAGCUAGCUGUGGGUGUGGGGUGCCUGCCAUGGUUGUUUGGUGCCCUUAGGUAUCUGGCGUUGCGUGAGCAUGCGGAGCUGAUUCUGAAUCUGGUGGAGCUGAUGAUCGAGUCGGGCCUGCCGUGCUUCAAACCCAUGUCUAUCGCUAACCUCAGGUCGGUCAGCGACCUGACACACUCACAUCCCACCCCAUGCACUGCAGUGCUUUCCGGCGUGCGUGGACACAGGCGUGUGUGUGUGGUGUGUGCAGGUGGCGCUUCCAGCUGGACCGCAGUGCUCGUGGUGCGGCUCAGUUCAUGCAGGAGCAGAUCGUGUUUGCCUACAACAACCUCACCACGCGCAUAUACGACAUCGUCCAGGCCGUCCAGCAGGGCAUCAAGUACUGAACGAACGACAGACCAACGGACGGGCGGACAGCCGACCGACCGAUGGACGGAGGAAGCCACGCUUGCUUAGAAGAGACAGGCACAGAGAGAGAGACAGAGAGACACGCACACAUGAGCGCAUGUGUGCGUUGGUUGAUGGGCGCAGCCAAUGAGUGAUGCGUGGAUGGACAGAAUUAGUGCAGCCACCCACCCACCCACUACCCACUCACUCCCCGAGCCAGCCACUGACUGACUGACUGUUUUGUGUGUGUGAGAGGUCGAUCUUUUUGUAGGUAAGGCAGCACAGGCAGCACCGCACAGACAGCACCCAGUGACUGACUGAGUGAGUUGAGUGCACUGACUGCACGGGUUCAGUGAGGGUUGACUGUGUGCUGGGACGGACGCAUGGACGCAUGGACGCUCGCUCGUGUGCAGGUACAUACCAUAGUGGGCAUGAUGGAAAACUGCACCGAACAACAACUAAUUGAGCUCCACCGAAAGUUAAUGAAAAGCGGGUACUGCCUGAUAUUCAUUAACUUUCGGUGGUGCUCCAUUGGCUGUUGUUCGGUGCAGUUUUCCAUCACGGCAGUCUGACUAGUUCAGCCAAUCAAUGGCUGCAGCGAUUUUGCAAAGCGAAUGCGACAGACACGCGCACGGCACGCACAGUCAGCUCUCGAUUCUCUUGCG